CUCUUUCUCACACAGGUGCUCUAGAAACAGGCCACACAAUUGAAGCAGCAACCUUUGUCAUAACCUUUUUUUGUGUGUUUGUCUGAAUGCGUUUGCAAUAUGUGUGCAUGUUGGUUUGCGUCCACAAAUACGUCAGGACUGCCCGUUUCUGUGCCAGCAUCAGGCUCCUCCCCCUUCCUGUGUGUCAGUAUAAGACAUGAUCUCCUCUCUCACACACCACUCACAUCCUGAACUCUGGAGCAGCAGAGCUCAGCAUCUUCAGACUCAGCAUCUCCCGUCUUCACCAACAACUGCAGCCAUGAAUGUAGGGAUCCGUGUGUGUGUUGUUCUCCUGGCUGCUCUGUCCAGCGGCUCCCUGAGUCUGCCCUCACAAUCCAUGUCCCAGAGAGCAGAGGGUGAUGCUCUGGUGUCAGACAGCAUGCCUCCCCCCUCACCCCACCACACACGCCUGGCCCGCUCGGCCCCUGCCCCCCCCUCAGGGCAGCUCGCCAACUACAACCCAUCCCAAGAGAACGCAGAUGCUCGGAUCAGCCUGAGCCAGCUCCUGGCCAGACUGCUCUCCAGGAAAGCCUCCCCCUACCAGAGCAGAUCCUCCCUCAGCAGCAGAGCCAGCGGCCUGUCCCCAGCCCACAGGAUAACGGACAGAGACUACCAAGGCUGGAUGGACUUUGGAAGGCGCAGUGCUGAAGAGUAUGAGUACGCCUCCUAAAGAAAAAGGCUAACAUUUGUAAAGUAACCACUCCCAUCGCCGCCAAUAAAAGCACUGCACUCACUGUAACCAAGGGCUGACAGGACGGGAGCUAAGCAUCAUAAUAUAUAUCCUAAAGGGGAGAGGAGAAAUAUAUCCUAAAGGGGAGAGGAGAAAUAUAUCCUAAAGGGGAGAGGAGAAAUAUAUCCUAAAGGGAGAAUCUGUGGACUCUGAAUCUCAAGGCUGAAGGUUAAGAGCAAUUUCCAAAACGCUACUUAACAGAAUUCUAGCACAAAGAAUGAGGAUAAGGCUGACAAUAUUCUAUAUUGUUGUAAUCGUCAAGAAAUCAUAUGAAAACAUGUAAACCAACUCAAUACUUUCUGACUUCUCCACCCUAAUAAAUCAUUAAAACAGCUCAA